UGUUAAUGACGUACCAGCGCUCGGGGUCUUCCUUCGUCGGGGAGCUCCUGACCUCCGGGGGCGGCGCCAUGUACGUGUACGAGCCUCUGUUCCUCUGGCGCGCCCUCCUGGGACCCGGAGCUGACGUGGGCGUGGAGGAGAGGGCGGCUAGGGCUCUUGGGGACCUCCUAGACUGCAAGCCUGAGGUGAUCCGUGCCUGGCGACGCCGCCCCUAUCAGUACUUCCGGCGAAAACCCGAGGGCGUGCGCGACUGGUGCGUCGACGCCGACCUGCGCCUCCUCAAAAGCAUCCGCGCGCGCGCCUCUUUCGUGCUGCCGUGGGUGCGGGCGCGGCCGGAUAUCAAGGUGGUCCACUUGGUGCGUGAUCCUCGAGGCAUUCUCAACUCCGUCAAGCGCGGCGGGAACCUCUGGAGCGAGAAUAAUCGCAACGCUGCCCUUCAAUGCGCCAACAUCGAGCGUGACCUCCGACUGCAGGAGUUGGGGCCCCACAGGUACCUGCAAGUACGCUACGAGGACCUAGUGGAGAGCCCCCUGGAGGAGACGCGUCGAAUCUUCAGCUUCAUGGGCGCUAAUUUCAACGAUGACGUCAUGGCUUACCUGCGGGAACACACCUGGCUGGCGGAGAAGAUCCCAGCUGAGAAGCAAGGGUACCUCAAGACCUUCCGGGACUCCAGCUUCAAGCAUGACCACUGGAAGAUUAAUAUGGAUAACCGUGAAAUCGAGUUUAUUGAGAAUGUUUGCGGUUCUGUCAUGAAGAAACUCAAUUAUCAUCCUUUGCCUCCGACUUGAUUUUUUUUUUUUAAUUCUCAGUUUUCCUUGUUCGUGCAUUUUGUUGUUUGUUUUGUUUUGAUGUAUGUUUUGAUGAAUCUUAUUUUACUUUACUAACUCUUAUAUUUCUCCACUUGACUUCCUCUUCUUUUAUUUCUUCCUCUUUUUUCUUCCCCCUUUCUGCCUCCCUUUUGUCUUCUUUCUCUUUGUCUUCCUUCCCUUUUCUUCCUUCUCUUAAUACCUUCCUCUUUGUCUUCCUCUCCUAUGUCUUUCUCUCCUUCCUCCUCAUUGUCUUCCUUCCCUUUUGUUUUCUCCCCUUUUUCUUUUUCCACUUUCUUCCCUCACUUUCUAUUCUUCCAUUUCGUCUUCCUAUUCUUUUUCUUCUUUCACUUUCCUCUUCCUCCACUUUGUCUUCGUCCCAUGUUCUUUUUUACCACUUUUAUCUCCUUCUAUUCCCUCCAUUUCGCACUUCACUUGUUUUUUUUUCGCCUUCUUUCCUUACUCCCGCAUGUCUGUAAUUUCGUUUAUUUUAUUUAUGUACAAGUUUAUCCGUUUUUCUUCUAUUUAUUCAUCUAUUGUAAGUUAAUAUUGUAUAAUUCAGUUGUUUUUUACACUACAUUCUAUCUACUAUUCAUCAACUGGUUGAUAAAUGACUUUAA